ACGAAGGAAGAUGGACACCACAUGUUUAACGUACACUCCGUGUAUGUCACUGUACACAAUAACCAAACUCCUCUUAACUUGUCUUCUCUUUCCCUUAAAAGGAUCUACCAACGUAAUCUUCUAAUGGAUUCUCAUAUUUUCUCUCGAAAUCUCAGCUCACCUCGUCGGAAUUUCGUCAUUUUCCGGCAAUCUUUUUCAGCUUUUCAGUCUCCUCAAUAACUCCUCUGGUUCUAGUUGAACACUCAUUUCUCCGACCAUAUUCCACCGGAAGUAUAACUUUAACCAAGGUGGGGUAUUUCAUAUUUGAGUAGCUAAGGAUUAAGCUCUAAAUGGGGCAUUUUUCUUCAAUGUUUAAUGGAUUGGCAAGGUCUUUUUCCUUGAAGAAAAGAAAGAACUGUACUGGGAAUGGGAAAUAUGAUGGUAGAGAAGCUGUUGAAGCUAUGGCUAAAGAAGCCAAGAAAAAUGACUUGAUAUUAAGGUCUUCAGGGACAGUAAAUGUUGUUGGCUCUAAGAAUUUUACUUCAUUAUUCUCUAGGAGAGGUGAAAAAGGAGUGAAUCAAGAUUGCUUCAUUGUUUGGGAGGAAUUUGGAUGCCAAGAAGAUAUGAUAUUCUGUGGUAUAUUUGAUGGGCAUGGUCCAUGGGGUCAUUUUGUGGCAAAGAAGGUUCGAGAAUCGAUAGUAUCAUCGUUGCUUUGCAAUUGGCAAGAGAGUCUAGCCGAGGCUUCAGUUGAUCCAGAUUUAGAUUUAGAUUCUGAUAAGAAACUUCAAAGGUUUAAUAUAUGGAAGGACUCAUACCUAAAGGCAUGUGCAGCUGUAGAUCAAGAGCUGGAACAUCAUCCUAAGAUAGAUACAUUUUACAGUGGAACCACUGCUUUGACAAUAGUCAGACAGGGCGAGGUAAUUUUUAUAGCAAAUGUAGGUGACUCGCGUGCGGUAUUGGCUACCACUUGUGAUGACGGCAACUUGGUACCAGUUCAGCUAACUAUUGAUUUCAAGCCUAAUCUACCUCAGGAAACUGAGAGGAUAAUACAGUGUAACGGUCGAGUGUUUUGCUUAGAUGAUGAAUCCGGGGUGCACCGAUUAUGGCUACCCGAUGAAGAAUCCCCUGGAUUGGCGAUGUCUAGAGCCUUUGGGGACUAUUGCGUUAAAGAUUUUGGUCUAAUUUCAGUGCCUGAUGUGACUCAAAGGCGCAUCACAAGCAAAGAUCAAUUUGUUGUGCUGGCAACUGAUGGGGUAUGGGAUGUUGUCUCCAACCAAGAGGCUGUAGAAAUUGUAUCCACAACUCCAGAUAGAGCGAAGGCGGCCAAGUGCCUGGUUCAAUGCGCUGUCCGCGCUUGGAAACGCAAGAGGAGAGGGAUAGCUGUGGAUGAUAUUUCUGCUAUUGUACUCUUCUUUCAUUCUAAUCAUUUCUGCCAGCAUAUUUACCCUGUAACUACACCAAAAUAACUUAAAUAGCAAAAGCUAUUCUCUCUCUCUUGCUGACA